AUGUGGAAAUAUGGAAUCUUCCAUUUUGCUAUCCUCUUCUCAGCCUUUUGGCUGUUUGGAUGGCUUUAUGGUGUAAUUGUUUUGAUUGUUUUUGUAAACGUUGCUGAUUACCUUCUGAGCCUUUUUGGCUACACAAGGCUAAACUACGGAGAUUUAAUGAUCUUCUUGGAGAAACCAGGCACUAAGAAUAACCUUGCUGGAUAUUUCACAAUUGAAAAGCCCAUAGAUUUCGAGACAUUCAAAGAGAAAAUGUACGAAGACGCAGUCAAGAAACUUAUGAAGAUGCGAUCAAGAGUUGUUAAUAAGUUUGGAAUUUAUAUGUGGCAGGAUCUUGGAGAUGAGGUAGGCAGAAAGCAACUCAAGAAAUGACAAGCCAAGCUGUCAACGGAAGAUGACCUCAGGAAUUAUAUACAGAAGAAAAGCAACCGUAAAAUGGACUAUUCAAAGCCUUUAUGGGAGUUUGAGUUUCUAGAAGACUUUAAUGAUAAAGAAUCAGCUCUUUUGGUCCAAUUCCACCAUGCUUUUGCUGAUGGAGGUGCCUUCUUGUCCCUUUGGUCGUGCCUAAAUGAUGAAGAUAAGAGAUGCAAAAUUGACAAGAAGUUUCCAAAAUUCAAUAUCCUUGUGCAUAUUUUCUUCUUAUUUUUCGGACCGCUCUAUUGCUUGUAUAUUGUGAUCAUCUACACCUCGUACAAGACGGAUGGAGAGGCUGCAAAGAUAAGAGAGCUGACAGGAGAAGAUACUCGUGGUACAAAAUUUUUCGCCUCCAACGAAAGAUUAUCUUUCCCUGAGUUGAAGGUCUGCUACAAGAGAAAAUGUACAGGAAACACGAAAAUCACGUUCAAUGAUUAUGUACUUGGAGUUGUUUCGAAAUCAUUAGAUAAGUGGUAUAAAGAGCAUGGGAUCACAGGCGCAAAAUCUAUCAGUACAUUUGUAUCGGUAAACACCAGACCUCUACCAAAAUCAAUGGAGGAAGCCACCCUAUUCAACGAAAGUGUCGGAAUGAAAUUCAUGCUACCAAUGAGAGAAGAUUUUGAUACAGCUAUUAAGGACGCAAAAACCUCAUUCCGCAAGAACCUUGGCAUGACUGCUAUUCUCUCCUUAAAUAAAUUUGCUUUGACAUUCCCUUACCUACCGGAGUUUGCAACAAGAUUACUGGGAGGAUUAGUAUUUGAUGAUGUAGAUUUGGUGUUCUCCAACGUGCCAUUCUCUACAGAUCCCUGGUAUGUGUGUAGCAAGAAGGUAAACAGAAUUGCUGCCUUCUCCAACGUGUAUUACAACUGGAAGGUGUUCUUCGUUGUCACUACUUACAGAGAUGAACUCAUGAUCACUGCAAUGGCCAAUGACAAGCUUAAAAUGAACACUCAGAAGCUAAUACAAGCAGCAAUUGAUAUUCUUAAAACUGAGAUUCAGGAAUAUGGUACUAAAGGAACUAAGGUGCAUCUAAAGCAAGAUUAAUAAAUGACGUAUUCAAACGACCACCACCACAAC